AUAUUUCUUUGCAGUUCGUUUAGUGCAGUCAAUUUUGCUUAAAAAAUAUUUUUCAAAUGGUUGAUUUCAUACGAAUUUUGCUUAUAUUAUUAUUGCAAUAUGGUGUAUAUGGUAAAGGUUUAGUUCCAACAGACAAAUUAAACAACGACCUUCAGCUUACGUUACAAGAUGGUAUCAUUCAAGGGCAAGAAGAAACCACGAUAUCUAAUAAGACCUUUUAUAGCUAUGUUGGUGUACCUUACGCCAAACCACCCAUAAAUGAUCUUAGAUUCAGGGAACCGCAGCCUCCCGAAAAAUGGACUGGAAUAUUGGAUGCUACAGUCGAAGGCCCAUUUUGUGCUGGCGUAAAUAUAAGUGCUAUGGUAAAGAUGGAGUUUAAACCCCAAGGAGAAGAAGAUUGCUUAUAUUUAAAUGUUUAUACGCCAAGGGAUCCCAAAGAAUCGAAUCCAAGAAAUCUACUUCCAGUAUUAGUAUUUUAUUAUGGAGGAGCUUUCCUUGGUGGCGGACCAGUAAAAGAUCGUUAUGGUGCAGAUUUCUUCAUGGAAAAUGAUGUUAUUGUUGUACUUCCUCAUUUCAGAAUAUCUAUUUUUGGUUAUCUGAGUACAGAAGAUUUAGAAUGCCCUGGUAAUUGGGCAGUUAAAGACCAACUUGCUGUGCUAAAAUGGGUUCAAACGAACAUAAAGCGUUUUGGAGGUGACCCUAGCAGGGUAACUAUAGCUGGGCAAAGUGCUGGAGCUGUCAGUGUGAAUUCCUUGUUUAUGUCGCCAAAGGCAAAAGGAUUGUUUCACAGAGCAGUAAUUAUGAGCGGUUCUAGUCUGUGCUUUUGGGCUUACCAAACAGAUUCAAGAAAAAUCGCUUUCGACUUGGGCAUCGCACUAGGCAUCGAAACAAAUGACACAAAAUAUUUAAUGCAGGAAUUACGAAAAGUAGAUAGUAACGCCAUAAUGGAGGCUCAGCUGCCAGUGAUGCUAGUGAACUUUAUGUCAGCACUUACUAAUGGACUACCAUUUACACCAGUAGUAGAACCAGAUCAUGAUGGUGCGGUUUUAACUAAUUAUACAUUCAGCCUCCUUGAAAAGGGUAAAUUCAAUAAAGUACCAGUAAUGACAGGGGUUACAUCUUUGGAAAUGUUAAUAUAUAAAAAAGUUUUCGAUAUGGCUAGACCACUAUUGUCCCUAUUCGACUUAAGUCCAGGAUUAUUGGUCAGAUUUACUAAAAAUAACCAAGACAGAAGAACAGUAGGACAAAAAAUGAAGGAAUACUUUCUAGGCAAUAAAAAUUUUGCUGAUUCCACAGAUCGAGAACUGAUGAUGCUCUUGACAGAAGAUGUUUAUUGGAGACCGGUUCGUAAAAUGGCCGAAUUGAUAUCAAAAUACAGUCCAGUUUAUUUCUAUAAGUUUUCUUAUGAAGGAGAGUUGGGUUUGACAAUAAAUUCCCUGUUUAAUGGAAUAACUGACAGGCCGUUUAGAGGUGUUGGACAUACUGAAGACACUUUCUAUUUAUUUGACAUUAAGGCAUUUCCUAGAAACGAUAAAGACCUGAAUAUGACAAGAAAAUUAACUAAAUUGUAUAGCAACUUUAUUAAAUAUGGUAAUCCCACUCCAAAUAAAGAGUCUAUAUUAGACAACGUCACGUGGCCAAAGGUAAUAGGCAAAAAAGUGCCAUUUUUAGAAAUUGAUACCAAAAUGAAAGUAGUAAAAGAAAAUUUCGACGAAAGCAAUUAUCAACAUUGGGAGUAUCUUUAUCAAACUUAUGGAGAAAAACCAUUUAAAGUCUAUUAAAUAUUAUUAUUGAAUUA